GCCCAGACCACGGCGGUUCCCGGCCCAUCGGAGUCACAACGUUAUCACCUCCACUUCCCGAUUCUCCGGUCUGCUACGUCGUAUAUCACCGUGCACCUCUGCCUGCCUACUCCUUUCUGGUUUUUCUUUUAGCCAUCGCAAUUGAAGAAUGGCGGCAUCUGCAAUCAGAGCAGGUGCUUUGGUGACUCUACAAGAGCUGAAUCCUUCAUCGCCCUUCUUUAAGCAAGGGGCAUCACUCAGAGUCACUGGAAAGCUUGAAGAGUAUAAUGUGGAGACAGAUUCUGCAGUAAUUUCCAAUGGGAAUGCUUCGUUAAGGAUUGACACAGAGCGCUUGAAUAUCAGCAUUCGCCCUGGCUCCAUCUACCAGUUCAUUGGAGAACUGCAUAUUGGACCCAGUGAUGAGGCGAUCUUGAAGGCACGAGUAGGGAGAAAUGUGGAUGGCAUGGACCUCAAUCUCUAUCAUCAGUCACUGCAACUCUUGAGAAACUUUGUAGAUGAACAAACUAAUAGCCGCACAGAAUAGAGUAGACGGAGUAGUAUUCUUCUUACUAAGUAAAUGAUGAAAAUGUGGCUCAAAGGCCUAGUAAUGGUGACAAGUAUCAUUUCAUUUCGUGCUUUCUAGAAAUCAGGUAGAUGUCUUGCUUAAAAAACAAUGGCUUUUCAGAAACAGAUUGUCAAUUUUCGUUAGGCUCGUGGAUGUUUUUAAGUUGAAUGGAUGCUAGAUGAUAUAUCA